AUGGCAGAAUUUAAAAAAAUAUGUCGUGCUUGUCUAAAUACAAUCGAUUAUUCUAAAUAUGUCUUUUUUGACAAUGUUUCGCCGGAUUUGUUUUUGUUUUGUACUUCUGUAGAGAUAGCAAAAGAUGAAGAGUUACCUAAAGCAAUAUGCAAUGGUUGCUACGAUUUACUUAUCAAAUUAUCUGAAUUUAAAAAAACCUGUAUUCAAUCACAUAAAACUUUAUUGAACUAUAAUGUAAAAUCUGAAAAAGUAGAAAUAUUGAUAGAAGGUCUAUUACCUUCUAAUAAUUGUAAAAGUAAUAAGGAUUGGUCACUUGUAAAAACUCAAAAUUUAUUCUCUAAUGAGGAUAGUUAUAUUGACAAUAUAAUCAAAGAAGAAGAAUUUGUAGACCACUAUGGCAAUGAUUUGGACAGCACUGAAUUUGUUGAAGAUUUCCAUUUACCUAAAAGGAAAAAUAAAGUAUACAAAAGAUUAAAAGAAAAACCAGCAAAGAAAAAGAAAAAGUAUACAUGUGAAUUAUGUAAUAAAAGCUUUUUCUGUCUUGAUAGAUUUCAACUCCACAAAUUGAGGCAUCAAAACAAAGGAAAAUCACUUAAAUGCACACCCUGCAAUAAGAUAUUCAUAACAUUGAGUGGUCUCCGAAGACAUCAUGCAAGUUGGCAUGCUCGGGUUAAGCUCAGUACAGUGAAAUGCCGUACUUGUGGAAAAAUUGCCAAAAGCAAAGAGACGUUAAAAGCCCAUGAAAAAUUGCAUGGGGAAAGAAGACAGUUCAUAUGUAAUGUCUGUGGAAAAGAAUGUUCAACUACUUGUAUUUUGAAGGCUCACUUAGAAACACACAAGGAGAACAGAGAACGGCAAUAUACAUGCGAGCAUUGUGGGAAGAAAUUCUUUACGAAAAAAAUAUUAGUUUCACACGUGACACGCUGCCACACUGGAAGACGAUUUAUUUGUCAAAUUUGCAGCUACCCUUUCACAGAUAAAUAUAAUUUGACCAAACACUUACUAAAUCAUGAGGGAAAAAAGUUUUUUAAAUGUGAAGUUUGUGAGAAGGCAUUUUCCACACGUUCGUCCUACAUUGAACAUCAAAGGAUACAUUCUGGGGAGCGUCCAUUUAUAUGUAGUUAUUGUUCUAAGAGUUUUAUUUCUAAGAGAAGACUGACCGAUCAUCACAGAGUCCAUACUGGAGAGAAACCGCAUAGGUGUACCGUUUGUGACCACAGCUUUGCUCAGCGCGGAACUCUUACGAGGCAUAUGAAAGUUCAUGAUAGAGUCCCGCCCUUGCUAACC